UUGUUUUUCAAACAGCCCAUACAAAGCAAGUGCAAAGUGAAAAUAGUGAAACGUAAAAUAUAUUGUAAAUAAAGCUUACAUUUAUAAAACAACAAAAAAUGUUGUUAAAGACAUUAAAAAUAAAUUUCUUAAUACUACUAACUUUCGGUGUGGUUAAUUCGCAUGGCCAACGUGGCUUUAUACGGGGUUUUGAGCAGAAUUUUUGUCGCACGCCUUUGGAUGAAAUGGGCUCUUGUGUUUCGUUGAAAUUUUGUCCCGAAAUUUUAACUUUGUUUUCAAAAUUACCUCAAAAUUCAGCCAAACAAUAUUCCAUGAAUUUGCAGAGAAUAUGUGGCAAUCGUAUAACUCCCGAUCAAUAUCCAGUGGUUUGCUGUACAGUGGUAUCAAGAAUAGAUACUUCACAGCCAACGACUAGUACCACCACAACAACGACAACUACUUCCACGGAAGGGCCUUUGGAAACUGUUACCUCUAAUAGAAAUUUAAAUACUCAGGAAUCUAGCUGCUUUACAAAAGACUUUAAAACCGGUACUUGUAAACCUUUACAAAACUGCCCCGUACUAUAUGAUGAACUCAAAAGAGAUCCCAGCAAUGAACAAAUUAAAGCGAACUUAAGAACUUCGCAUACAGCAUGUGGAGGUCAAAGCACCAUUAUUUGUUGUCCUCCCGAAGGAAAUUCGGUACCAAUUGCAGAUGCAAGCGAUAAGCCAAUACAUCAGCUGACCAGUGAGGAUGAAGGUUGUGGACUGGUUAAUGUCACAUUGCCAAAAAUAGUAGGUGGCGAAGAGAGUCAGAUAGGCGCUUGGCCCUGGAUGGCUUUAAUUGGUUAUGAUCCCUAUAGUGUGAGGCCAUUUCGUUGUGGUGGCUCAUUGGUAUCAGCCAGGCAUGUGGUUACAGCGGCACAUUGUAUACGGCAUGAUUUGUCGUUUGUUAGAUUGGGCGAGUUUGAUUUAUCUAUUGAAUCGGAAACGAGGCACGUGGAUGUCAAUGUUAUCAAACAUGCAAAACAUCCUCAAUAUGGUAAAAAUCGACGUUCAGAUCUGGCCAUAUUAUUAUUGGAACACAAUGUACAAUUUACAGAAGUAAUUGCUCCCAUUUGUAUGCCCAAUUCGCCACAAUUGCGUGUCAGAUCUUAUGUAGACUCAUUGCCGUAUGUGGCUGGCUGGGGUUAUACCAUGCAGGGUGGUAAUCCCUCACAUGUGUUGAAACAGGCCCAACUGCCCAUACAAAGUAACGAUGUUUGUCGUCGCAUUUAUGGAAAUCUAUUGCCCAGCAUACCGCCCGAAGAUUAUGAUGAUUCGAUCUUUUGUGUGGGCUAUACGAUAGGGGGCACUGAUACGUGUCAAGGUGAUUCAGGAGGUCCUCUUAUGAUACCGGAACUUUAUAAAGGCAUUACACGUUACUAUUUAAUUGGAGUGGUAUCGUAUGGUCAUGGCUGUGGCAAAGUUCCGGGAAUUUAUAUAAAUACCCAAAAGAAAAUGGAUUGGAUUUUACAGCAAAUACAAGAAAUGUAAUUAUAAGCAAAAAAUCUCAGAAAUAUAAUUGUUCAGUUGACAAUUAAAGUUGUUAUAUUUGUAAGAAUUAGUGGAACCUAAACUAUGCUUAAAUUGUUCUAAGAUCACACAAUAUACGACUCAUGCAAUCAUAGUUGUGAAUUGAACUAUUUUAUAUUUAAUAACUUAUAUUGCAAAUCACUUCACUUACACACAAAUUUCAUACAAUGUGUAUUUUUAAUAUUAAUAAUUUGUUUUCAAAUUGUAUUGACGUAAAGUGAAGGUAACUUUUUUUAAUAAUCCCAUUAAGAGGCUUUUUCGAAAAAUUAUAUUUUAUUUAUAAAAACUUACUAAGUCAACUAUUUAAAUAAUUAUUAAUAAUUUGUAUGUAAAUAAUAGUUAUUUGUAAAUAUAAACAAAUUUUUAUACCAGUUUUAUUUUUAUACCUCAAGUUGUA